CCGAGUUUAACUGUCGUUUCCUUACCGCCAGUGUGCACGUGUUCGGCGAUACACUAAGGAUUUUGGAUCAUUCUACCACCGUUUCGUAUCUUUUCGGACUACCCUGUUUGCUUCGACUUGUACCGCUGGUCGUCUACGGCGCUGAACGCGUGUCAUGACGAUUGGAAGCGGAGAACCAUCUUUAUUUAUCUUUAUUCGUGCUAGCUAACAGAGGAGCUAGCGUUAGCUGAGCCGGGGGCAUGUGCAGGCUUGUUCACAGACAGAGAGAGAGAGAGAGAGAGAGAGAGAGAGAGUGAAGGAAGGAACGACGACGCUUACGUCGUUUGCAAACCGGACAGUUGUUUUGAGUCCAGAAUGACAAAUGCAAUGGAUUACCAGUUCCCACAGCAGCUUUUCCCCUCGUUUUACAACUGCGGACCGCCGGACUUGGUCCUGAAACACGGCGCUGGAAACUGGGGCUGCUAUGAGCGAGUCCUCCCUCAGGGCGGCUCGGGUCCCCUCUCCAGCUGGACCUUUACAUCCAGACAUCAGGCCAGAGGGGAGACGUGGCGUCACACUGAACCGGUACCAGUUCCCCUCAUGUCUCCUAAAAACUGUUUUCUUUGGCCUUCGAAGCCUCCAAAUCCGCUGGACUUCCGAAAACAGAUGCAGAACUUCUUCUUGGACCACUGCAAGGACGCCUUCGGGUGCAUGGGAGAAAUUCUGAGCGAGAACUUCGAACAAGCACAGAGAGAGAGAUAUGGCAGAGAGUCGGUCUACAACGUGAGAAGCGACCUCGACAUGAUGAAGUUUAAAAUGUGCCCGCUGUCGUACUCCUCCAAAUCUCUGGACGUGUACAGUGCCCUGCUGUCGGACGUGGUGCCCGCCGUGCCCCCCCAGCUGCUGGGCUCUCUGCUGCACGAGGAGCUGACGGAGCAGAGAGACCGCUCGCUGUUCUCCGAGGGGGCCACGGGGGGGGGCCCUGGCCUUCGUCCCCUUCUCACGGAGCGGCGGCGACCCUCAGCGCGGCUGCCUCCUCUACCCCGGAAACCAGGGCCUGGACUGCCUCAGUAUCCUGCAGAUAAGAUCAAACACCUUUUAAGUUUAGGACAAAGACUGAAUUCUCUUUUGUGACCGGUGAGGUCGACGUGAAGUGAAGCGGCGUUCUUCCUGCUUUGCGUUUUUCUGCCGCCUCUGGUUCUUAACGCGAGCACCUCAGACUUCCACAGAGUGGAGCUGCAGCACCGCAGCGGGAGUUCUUCCUGUGUGGACGCUGGCAGCAGUGACCUGUUCAGCUUCCAGCUGAAAGG